AUGCCACUUUUGACCCCUCUGCCCUGUUUUCCUGCUCCGCCUGACCAAUGUCUUCCGAAAGUUCGGAUUGUCGAACAGCCAGCUCAAUCUGUAAGGUUUAGAUAUGAAAGUGAGGGAAGGAUAGAGGUUAUUUUCGGCAGAAGCAGCGUAAAAUGUAAACGUAAGACGUAUCCCACGUUAGAGAUAUACGGAUACGAGGGUGAAGCCACGAUCACCAUUUCCCUUGUCACCGCACAAAAACCCUAUCUACAACAUCCUCAUAAGCUAUAUGGUAAUGAAGAAAAUACAAAUGGCAUUUAUGAAUUUAAUGUACAGUUGAAAAAGGAAAACGCACGCAUAGUUGUUCCAAAUCUCGGCAUACAACAUACCUUGCAAAGAGAUGUUGUCAAAGAAUUGAUGGCCAGGAAGAAAACAGGCGUAGAUCCAUUUCAGACUGGUUUUAAACACAUUAAUGAUCCUAAAAAUAUCAAUUUGAAAGCUGUAAGACUCUGCUUCCUAGUAUCUAUAUAUGACAAGAGAACCGGCGAGAAGACGAACUUGGCCCCAGUGGUGUCCAACGUGAUUUACGAUGGGAAAGCUCUCAUGAAUUUAACUAUUAGAGAAUUAAGCAUCACCUCAGAUUAUCAUUUUGGUGGACGUAGAUUGAUUAUUCUAUGUGGAUGGGUGACAAAUGACAUUUCCGUAGUAUUCUUUGAAAAAGUAGAAGACAAAAUAGUAUGGGAGAAGCAUGCUAAAGUCGACUACGUUCAUAAUCACGUGGCUAUUGCGUGUUUCGUCCCCCGGUAUCAUUCAAAUAGAGACGCUGAGGUAGGUGUUGAGCUGAGAAUGUCUUUGAAGACAGAAGAAGGAGAGCGUAAUAAUGUAAUGAGUUUCAAUUACAUGGCCAAACUCUCAGAUUCCGAAGUAAUAAAGGAGAAGGAAAAUAAGAAACUGUCACCGCACCUUCUGUCAUUGGAACGAAUUUUGCGAGAAACAAUCAACCAGCCUUCGGGAAGUCCUCAGGAUAGCGAGCCGAUUGCUGGACCUAGUGGCGCCACAUUAAAUACACACAAUAUGUUACCACCAUGGCUACCUUAUAUAAAACCUGUGCACAUCAAUAACCACGAUUUGUUCUCUAACGGAUCAGUAUUAUCUGUUCGAAAUAUGCCGUCUAAUGAUUAUGCCUCCAAUAUGCAUUCUGUAGAUGGCCACGUUCAUCAAAGGCAUAAUACGUACAGUGACAUGCAAAUAUCAGGCAAUGUGGACACUUCUAUGCAAUCUAUAGCUUGCGGGGAAGACUUUUUCCCAGAAUAUCUAAGAAACACCGACCCACAGCAACAGGCUUUACCGGAACUGGCGCUGCCCGAAUUUGGUGUUUUCUUUGACCGUGUCGGUGAACAUCAUACA